AUGGCAAAGCAAUUCAUUGUCUUCGCAAUUACUUUAGCCUUAGCUUCUACUACUUUAUCUAAAAUGAUCCUUUUGACCAAUGAUGAUGGUUGGGCGGUCACCAAUAUCAGAGCAACGUACUAUAAGUUGAAAGAAACAGGACAUGAUGUUUACUUAGUUGCACCCGUGUCACAAAGAACUGGCUGGGGAGGUACAUACGAUAUCCCAAAAGCCCCAAGUUUGGAAACAGAUGGUGAUUUCUCCUACCCUAAAGCUGGUGCUCCAUCCUGGGGUCAUGAGGUUGAUGAUGAUCAUAUCUGGUACUUCGAUGGAUCCCCAGCUUCUUGCUUUGCUUUUGCUGAAUCAUAUCUUUUGCCAACCCACUUCAAUAUCAGCGAUAAAAUCGAUUUGGUUGUUUCCGGUCCAAAUGAAGGUCAAAACGUUUCUCCAAGUUUGUUUACCCUUUCCGGUACGCUUGGCGCAGUCUAUAAUGCUGUUUACAGAGAUAUCCCAGCCAUUGCUUUCUCUGGUCCUUCCACUAAUAACUCGUUCUACCAAGAUGAUUUAGAUUUAGAUGAUCCUUUAGAUGCAUCUACCAUUUAUGCUAUCAAAAUCACCGAAAUGGUCACACAACUUUUCGAAACCCAAGGUGUCAACGAAAGGGCUUUACCAAUUGGUCUCGGUCUUAACGUUAACUUUCCGGCUGUUGGUUACUUAAAUGAGACCUGUACUAAUCCAAGAUGGGUCAGAACUAGAUUAACAGGAGAUCCAUCGGUCAUGCCAGGUCUUGCAUACAAUUCCACUUCGAAUCUUUUUUACUUUGCGUUCCAACCGGGUGGAGAUGCUUUACGGACAUGCCAAAUAGGUGACUGUACAUUGCCUUCUGAAUAUUCGAUUGUUCUUAGUGGAGAAUGCGCUACUUCCGUUUCUGUUUUCAGUAUUGAUUACGACGCUCCAAUUCAUUUAGGAAAUGAGGCUGCAAACCUAAUUGCUCCUUUGUUUGAAAAUUAA